AUGGCCAAGAUGAUUUCCUUAUUGUUCUUCUUGUUUUUUCUCAUAAGCAUAAUUGCUGUUGCCUCUUCACAACAAUGUAUUGACACUGGUUUUUUUCAACGCAGUAGUAAAUAUGCUGAUAACCGCCGAAUCAUCCUUUCUUCUCUGGCUUCUAAUGUGAAGGCUGACAAUGGUUUCUACAAUGAUUCAUCAAUAGGCCAAGGUAUUGACCAAGUUUUCGCAGUGGGGAUGUGCAUCGAAGGGACCGAACCAACAGUUUGCUCGGCUUGUCUCGAGGUUGCGGCUGACCAAUUAAUAGAGAAUUGUCCUAACCAAACUGAAGCGUAUACAUGGACACCUCAUAAGACGCUCUGUUUUGCUCGUUACUCUAACACUUCAUUUUUCGAAAGGCUUGAUAUGCACCCACUUUACAUGGAGCUCAGUGAUGUGGAUAUCAAAGGAAAUCAAACGUAUUUCAAUGACAUAUGGGGGACGCUAACGAAUCGUAUGAUAACUGAAGCAUCCUUGGAAAAGAAUGCAUCGUUGUCUGGUCGUAAAUAUUAUGCAACUGAUGUAACAAAUCUGACAGCUUUCCAGACUAUACAUGGAUUAAUGCUAUGCACUCCAGAUCUAAAAAAAGGGAAUUGUCACAAAUGUCUGGGAGAUGCUGUUUCUGAAUAUGGCAACCUUAGGAGACAAAGAGGAAUUGUUGCAUGGCCAAGCUGCUGUUUCAUGUGGGAUCUGUAUCCCUUCAUCGGAGCUUUUAAUUUGGCACCUCCACCCCCGUCAGAGAGCAAAAAUAAUAUCUCAGUGGAAAUCAUUGUGGUCAUUGUUGUUGCUGCCGGAGUUAUCUUCUCUGUGCUAUCAGCUGUAGUAGUAGCACUUGUUUGCAGAAGGAAGAAAACUGGUCCUUCAGAGGAAAUUUCAAUCACAAAUUCACUGCAAUAUGAUCUUAAGACAAUUGAAGCUGCAACAUGUACAUUUUCGAAGAGAAACAUGCUCGGUCAAGGUGGAUUUGGAGAAGUUUUCAAGGGCGUGCUUCAUGACGGGUCAGAAAUUGCGGUGAAGAGGUUAUCAAAAGAAUCAGCUCAAGGUGUACAAGAGUUCAAGAAUGAGACUAGUCUCGUGGCAAAACUCCAGCACAGAAAUUUGGUUGGAGUUCUCGGGUUUUGUAUGGAAGGAGAAGAAAAGAUACUCGUUUAUGAGUUUGUUCCUAAUAAAAGUCUCGACCAGUUCUUGUUUGAACCUACCGAGCAAGGUCAGCUGGAUUGGCCUAAACGGUACAAGAUUAUUGUCGGGACUGCUAGAGGAAUACUAUAUCUUCAUCAUGACUCGCCUCUCAAAAUCAUACACCGUGACCUCAAAGCUAGUAACAUCCUCUUAGACGCUGAAAUGGAACCCAAAGUAGCAGAUUUUGGAAUGGCAAGGAUUUUGAGGGUGGAUCAAUCACGAGCUGAUACAAGGAGAGUAGUUGGAACCCAUGGCUACAUUUCUCCAGAGUAUUUGAUGCAUGGCCAAUUCUCGACGAAAUCUGAUGUCUAUAGUUUUGGGGUCUAGGUUCUUGAGAUUAUAAGCGGAAAAAGAAACAGCAACUUCCAUGAAACUGAUGAAUCCGGAAAGAAUUUGAUCACGCAUGCUUGGAGGCAUUGGAGAAACGGAUCACCACUAGAGCUCAUGGAUUCGGAACUCAAAAAGAACUAUCAGAGUAAUGAAGUUAUCAGAUGCAUCCAUAUUGCACUAUUAUGUGUCCAAAACGAUCCAGAAGAGCGUCCAAAUUUAUCGACUAUCAUCAUGAUGCUCACAAGUAACUCCAUCACAUUACCAGUGCCUCAGUCACCAGUAUACGAGGGAAUGGAGAUGUUUCUACCUCCAAUCAAAUCUGUUCCUGGUUCUAUCAAUGAUUCAUUGAUUAAUGACUUAGUUCCUCGUUGAAGAUGACAAUUCCUUCAUACCCGAGAGUUUGCUCUCUUAAAGCUGAGUUCGGAGAUGAACAAAAGUAAAGCAAAUAAGCUGACUCAGUCAGGUUUUGUCUAACUGAAGAUUUGUGUGUUUUGAAGGUUCUAACUCAAGCAUGUUUUGUAUAUACAGAAAACUAAUGUUCAUGUAAAUACUG